GAGACAGAGGAUAUUGAGAGUCCAAAGCGCAGCAUUCGUGACAGCGGCUAUAUAGACUGCUGGGACUCUGAACGCAGCGAUUCCCUCUCUCCACCUCGCCACGGCAGAGAUGAUUCCUUUGACAGUCUGGACUCCUUUGGCUCCCGCUCACAGCAGACACCGUCUCCAGAUGUAGUGCUCAGAGGGAGCAGCGAUGGGAGAGGAAGUGACUCAGAAACUGACCUGCCACACAGAAAGAUGCCAGAUGUGAAAAAAGAUGAUAUGUUGGCGAGGCGGACCUCACACGGUGAACCUAAAUCAGCUGUGCCUUUUAACCAGUACCUCCCUAACAAGAGUAAUCAGACUUUCUAUGUACCCGCUCCACUUCGGAAAAAGAAAGCUGAACGAGAAGAGUACCGAAAGAGCUGGAGCACAGCGACUUCACCUCUGGGAGACAGACCUUUCAGAUUCGGCCCCAGAACUGCUGUGUCUGAUGACGCAGAGAGUAUGAGCAUGUUUGACAUGAGAUGUGAAGAAGAAGCUGUGACUCAGCCUCAUAGCAAAGCUCGCCAUGAGAAACUGCAGAACGUACACAACCAGCUGAAAGAGGACGAGACCAGAUGGCAAGAU